AUGUCCUACAACUACAACCAGCCGGCCGGCAGCAACCCCUCCUACUCCGCCCAGAACAACCUCAACUUCUACCAAUCCUCAUACUCCGACGCCCCUCCCGUCUCAGGCCAAAGCACACCUUUCCAAGCCUUCGGCAACGGAGGCAGCAGGGGCGCCGCCAGCCAAGCAUACCCAAGCUCAUCAAGCGGCUACGGAAGCUCAGGCGGAGGAGCUGGAAACUAUGGCUUCGGGGCAUUCGGCGGUCAGCCUGGUGCGAGUGGACAGAUGGGCACAGGGCAAGAUGGGUUGAGGACGGGAUGGCUGGCGGCGUUUGGCACGGAAGGGUAUCCCGGCGAACCACCGCUGUUGGAAGAGCUGGGAGUGAACUUUGUGCAUAUCCAGACAAAGACGCUUACCGUGCUGAAUCCCAUGGCGCGCAUCGACCAGCACAUCAUGGACGACUCAGAUCUCGCAGGACCAUUCCUGUUCUGCGCCCUAUUCGGCACAUUCCUACUCCUGUCCGGUAAACUCUGGUUCGGCUACGUCUGCGGCCUCGCCGCCCUCGGCGCACUCAGCCUCAACUUCGUCUUCAGCAUGAUGUCCCCGCCGCUCUCUCAGGACGAAAUGAACGCCGCGCAAAACCCACACAGCGCCUACCACGGCUCAACAAACCUCUCUUCGACACUCACCCUCGGCCGCUCAAGUUCCGUACUCGGCUACUGCCUCCUACCGCUGGUGAUCACAAGUCUUCUGGGUGUGGUACUGCCGCUUGAUUCCUUUAUCGGAUACAUCCUGGUCAGCGGAGCGAUCGCGUGGUGUACGUAUUCGAGCUCGGCGAUGUUUUGCGUCGUGGGACGGAUGUCGAAUAUGAGGGGGCUGGUCGCGUAUCCGCUCGCGUUGUUUUAUGUUGGGUUUGGAAUCAUGGCGAUUUUCUCGAGUCGAGGGACGGGGAGGAUCGAUGCUAUGAAGGUCACUGCGUGA